AUGGCCGCUACCAACGGAGAAGUCGUUCUGGGUGACAUGGAGUACGAUGGCAGAGUUAUUAUCUACAUCAUCAAAGCCGAUCAAACUUCUUAUAUCAACUAUAUGAAGCCCCUGAUUCUUGCUGAAGAGCUACAGUUCCCGCAUGUCCUCUCCGUCAUCGAUACACGCGAUGAAUGGUUCUACAGCAUUCACCCAGAGAGAUACGUUCCCAGUCUCAAGGAUCAAGAUCCCAUCACCAAGGAGAAAGUCAUCGUCUUCGAAAGUACUGCCUGCCUCCAGUAUUUAACUGAUCGUUUUGACACCGAUGGCUUCUGGACCGGUCGCACUGCUGCUGAAAAGGGGGCCAUCUUAUCAUGGACUGCCUACCAGACUGCUGCCCUAGGUCCCACGGCCAAGUAUUGGCUCUACUUCAAGAAGGGAUACCCCACUAGGGCCAAUCCAAUUGAACUCCCCCGUACAAUUGAGAAGCUGCAUGCAAAUACAGUUCGACAAUGGGAUAUCUUGGAAAAGAGAUUAAAGGAGCCCGGUCAGGACUAUAUCGCUCUGAAGGACCGGCCAACAGUAGCGGAUUUGUCCUAUUUCCCCUUUGCAAUGCCUUGGAUGUUCAACUUCUUCGGUGUAGAUGUCAAGGACUGGCCACAUAUUCAACGCUGGGGGGAGCGAAUGCUGAGCCGGCCUGCGAUUAAACGAGUCCUGGAGCGUGCUCCUACUCUGGGGCAUUAG